AUAUCAGCAUAUUUCCAUUGAAAGAUUAUUCAGUAGAACAAGUUUUAUUUAUGAAAAUUCAGAUUAUUUUGUCUUUGUAUUUAUUGUGCUAACAUUUAAACCAGGAGGCUAGCUUAAUGUUGUAAGAUGUUACGACUAAUUUGUUUUCAUGUUAGACACUCCAGCCUCUUAUCGAACCGUUUGUUCUGGCGUUUGUUUAGACCACAUGUUAGGUUAGAUUUGGGCAUCAGUGGGAGCUUGAGAAAUGGUGUAAAACACAGAUUUUCACAAGAUUAUUUGAAUGUGACCAACAAAUUAAAUUGUCAUGUAAAACUUUUGACAAAGUUGUAAAUUAUUGAGUCAAGUCUUUAAAACCUAACAAAAGUUUAGGAUUUGAACAUGAUUUUUUUUAUUAAUUUAAUAUGCGUUGUUAGAUCUAACAAAAUAUCUUUCUUGGUGAUACAAUUGUGGUAUUUAAUCGUACUAUGGAGACAAUUUGAGACAACUGAAUGCCAAUGUUUAGUCCUAAGCAAAAGAAGCAUUAGGCAUGUGAUCAAAAACACACUAAAUGUGGAUUCUUGAAUGCACAUUUAGUUCAUGGUGUUCACACUGGACAAGCAAGGAAGGGCUUCUUCUUCUUUUCUUUUACUACUAGUCCAAGUUGGAAAAAGCAAAUGUUAAAGUGGUGCAAAUCUCACAAAUCGUACUCCAGGCUUUUCUUCCACCUCUCUAUUCCAAUAUAUGAAGGACUUGACGUCUUAUAAUUACGACUGGGCACAAACCAUAGUUAUCAAGAUCACUCUUGUCCAAUCGGAGACUCCAAAGUUUAACAUUCAGCGUGCGUUCAAUGGUGUUUUGUACGACAUUAUUAGCUAUUUAUUUGCUAGUUUGUAUUGACCAUUCCUCAAAAAGAAAAAAAAAAAAAGAUGAAAUUAGAGUAACAGACAUAUUAUUAAAUUUCCUGCUCCCUUUAAAUCCACAGUAUGUACAGUUUUUACAUAGUGUUGUUGAGCUCUUAACUUUGGCAGGUCAUCCAUAAUUAUUGACAAAUGAGACACGUUUCUUAAAGUGAAAAGUACUUUUAUCUUACAAAACUUUGGGGAUUUUUGAGAGGUUUUCAUUUAACUGGUGAGAAGCACGGCCAUAAUCAGUUUAUAGAAGUUUAUGUUAAUCUCUAAUCUGCCACUGGUUGCAUUGUUGUAAUGAGGUGAGGAAAUACUAUGGAUACAAAGUAAAAGCUUAAAUAUGAUCAAACAGCUUGAGUUUUUGUCAGUAGUGAAACUAGAAAUUCAUCUGGACUGGACAACAUCCAUCUGUCCAUCCAUCCAUCCAUCCAUCCAUCCAUCCGUGAAAUGAAAACUCAUCAUUUCAAGAUUAAAACAAAGAUACAAAGAACACAUUUCCCGUAUCAGUCAGUUCAUAUAAUCUGUCAAAUCUCCUUUUCCCCACACCUGUGAAUGACUUCCCACAUCAGCCAGCUACUUGUAAUGACGUGAAGUAAUGCGACUGUGCAGUUAAUGAUUAGCUGAUGGUAACCUUUGCACCUCUUGGGAUUUCUUAAGCAAAUGGCAAGUAGCUGCUGCGCAGGAAUCAUGAGUCUUUCUGAUGAGCAGGAGUUGGUUUAAGAUGGCUUGGUUGUAAAGACUCAGGACUGAAUCUCAACGCUUUAACAGGAAUACAACAGAGUGGUUUGGACUUAUGGACAUGGCCAUGGUACACAUGCAGUCUUCAAGAGACAUUCUGGCAGACCAAGGCAGUCCUCUCCUCCAAGACUCCGACAUCCUACCCUUCAACAACUAUCCCAGCAUGCAGUACCCGUCCAUGGAGCCCGCCAUGUCCUCCACUCCAUUUUACUCCACUCAGAACUUUUACCCCCAGUACGGCGGGGAUGAGUGGUACUCACACACGGGCAUUUAUGAACUGAGGAAAGGCCCUCUGGAGGGUGGUUACGAAGGCGACAUGAAGGAGGUGUCCUCUGAUGUGCCGACUGUGUGCAAGAAGAGCCGACACGUGAUGCAGGCUGGACGGGUCAAAGGGGAGGAGCUGUGCGUUGUGUGUGGAGAUAAGGCGUCUGGGUACCACUACAACGCCCUCACCUGUGAGGGGUGUAAAGGUUUUUUCAGGCGCAGCAUCACAAAGAACGCCGUGUACAAAUGCAAGAGCGGAGGAAACUGUGAGAUGGACAUGUACAUGCGCAGGAAAUGCCAGGAGUGCCGGCUGAGAAAGUGCAAGGAGAUGGGCAUGCUGGCAGAGUGUCUUCUGACAGAGAUUCAGUGUAAAUCCAAAAGGCUGCGCAAGAACACCAAAGCCUCUCCAGGACGGUCGACCGGAGAUGAGACGGAGGGCGCAGACAGUGGAGACAGCAAGCAGGUCACCUCAACCACCAAAGUGCCAAAGGAAAAGGUUGAAAUUACCAAAGAUCAGCAGUCGCUCAUCAGACUCAUCGUAGACGCCUACAACAGACAUCAAAUUCCUCAAGAUGUUACCAAAAAGCUGCUACAAGAACAGUACAGCACAGAGGAAAACUUCCUCCUCCUGACUGAAAUCGCAACAAGUCAAGUUCAAGUAUUGGUGGAGUUUACAAAAAACAUCCCAGGCUUUCUGUCUCUGGAUCAUGAAGAUCAGAUUGCUCUGCUGAAGGGCUCAGCUGUGGAAGCCAUGUUUCUACGUUCAGCUCAGGUUUUCAGCAGAAAGAUGCCGAGUGGACACACGGAUGUUUUGGAGGAGAGGAUACGCAAGAGUGGUAUUUCAGAAGAAUUUAUUACCCCCCUCUUUAACUUUUACAAGAGUGUGGGUGAGCUCCACAUGGUGCUGGAAGAACAAGCUCUGCUCACCGCCGUCACCAUCCUCACACCAGACCGCCCAUAUGUGAAAAACCAGCAGGCCGUGGAGAGACUGCAGGAGCCCAUGGUGGAUGUUCUGAGGAAGCUGUGCGCCCUGAAGCGCCCCCAGGAGCCACAGUACUUCGCUCGCCUCCUGGGCCGCCUAACAGAGCUGAGGACACUCAACCACUACCACGCAGAGAUGCUCACAUCCUGGAGAGUGAACGACCACAAGUUCACGCCGCUUCUCUGCGAGAUCUGGGACGUGCAGUGACAUCUUGGAGCGGUGACGAAGGCUGAAACCACGAGAUGGACUUCACAGCUUGCAGAUGCAUGCUGAUAUAGAAGGAUGGGGGGAAUCAGAAGUUAAAAAUCUGCACAAUGCAAUUGCCUGUUUUUUAUUUUUAUUCUUUUGUCUGUUUAUGUUGCUAGUAAAGAAGUCAAGCAAACACUGGAACUUUACAAAAACCCAAAAAGUGUUCAGAAAAAAAGCCAAAUUUAGAGCCAGAAAUCAAUCAUGUUUGUUUAUAUUUUAGUAUAUAUAUAUAUAUGUAUGAACUUCUGUGUCCAAAUAAGGUGCUUACAGAUGAAUUAUUUUCAAAGCCAAUAAAAGGUUUUGAAAUGACCCUUUUUGUCCACAGAACAGUCAACAACAACCAUCAUCUGUUUCUGUAGAAACAAUGUGAUUUAAAUUAAAGAAAACUGACAAAAUCAAACAGACUUGAAUGUAUUUAAAAUCUUCUUUAAGGGGUUUAAUGCUGCAUGUAUAAUCCUUAAAUAUGUAACAAGCAAUAAAAUGGAUCAUUAAUUUUUUACGCUUUAUUUAUGCUUUAUGCAUUUUCCUUCUGAAGACAAAAGCACUUCAAAUUUGCACAUUUUAGCCAAUAAAUUAUAUUUAAUGUU